AUGAGCGGCCCAGUCGACAUAAAACAUUGCAUCAAAAUUUUUGUUAAUCUUCUGAAGUCUGUUGGAUUCUCAGAACUAGAAGCAGAAAGUGUCCGGUUGGCUAAGUUUGAUGACAUACGUGCAGUGCAUUCGAUCAAGCGGCUUGUAUUUGAAAUUCUAUAUUUUAUCAAAUAUGGGUGUGUGGAUGAACUGUGUUCUGAGGGUUUUGAAAAGUUUUCGGACAAUGAAAUCCAUCAGUUUAUAUUCCAAAGUUUAUUGAAAUAUGGAUUUCCUUUAAUACGUAGAAAUGUUGAUGAGAACUUCACAUCAAGACAAUUGCUUUUGGGAUCUAUUUGGAUCCUAGUUUCUUUUGAUGUUCUACCGAAAAUUGAACAAAUUUUGACUUCUACUGCAGUCAGAAUGAUAAAGGAAAAAGUCUUUCAUCAAAAUGAACCGAUCUUCACCACUUGUCCUGGAAGUAAUAUGUCUAUAUCUCGACUCAUUUGGUUACUCGGUCGUUUGCGCAUUCAUUUGAAAAAUUUGUACCACUUGAGAGAAACGAAAACGCUCCCACCUUCUCACUGUUGGGUUCUCCUGGAUUCGAAUGCUUUCCGUCAGCACAUUCACAACGUACAGGAGAGUGUUUCAAAAUUACAUUUAUUAUUGUCCUGGAGAGAAGUAAACCAUAGAUUUUGGCAAUGGAUUCGGAGUAUUUUAAUUGUUCAUGAAAAGAAUUUGGCUGAGACCCUUCCAAAUAAAUGGGUAUCGAACUCUGCUUGUGAAUUUAUUGAGCUUGUUACAAGACUAUAUGAUGCUAAGUCAGGUCCUUGUAAAAACUUCACAUUAAGUGAGAAUUUUAAUUCUACUGAGGAUAUUUUAUCAUGUUUACACAAAGAAUUGCUUAUUCUCACAGAUCUUUUAAUGUGUGAAAACUUUCCCAUUGAUACUGGAUUAAUGCCAUAUGAUUUUCAUUAUAACAUUGUGAAUGAUGAAGAAAAACUUUCUGAAAAGCAAAACAAGUCUGGUUUAAACUUCACUUUGGAAAAUGAAUGUGCUAAAUUAAAGUUAUUAGUAGAUAAAUUGAAAACAGAGUAUGAAGGCGUCAAAUACAAUUUAUCUCAAGAAUUGCAAAAAGCAGGUGCAGAUAUUUUACCUGGGGCCAAUAAUGUGUCGUUAAGAAUGAAGGAAUCUGUUGGGUUUCAGUAUAUUGAUCGUGAUCGGUUACUUUUGGCUGUUCAAGUAGCGAAAAGGGAUGUUAGAUGCUUAUCAUCCAGCAAAAUUGAAGACGAUGGAUACAUUCCUGAAACGGCUCAAAGUUUCAACAACAAUUCCCUUUUAUCUCCAGUUGACAAUCGUCUUGUUCAAAAACCAACUCAAGUUAUUAGAAGUACUGAUCAGAAGUAUAAAUCAAUUUUGAGUAAACCUAGAAUACUUCCCUCAAGAAAUGACUUCUAUCAGACUACACGCAAACUUGCAGCUAAUACACAAUAUCAAACACUUGACGACAAAGCGCCAGCUUGUAGUGACUCUCCUCCAAUACGGGAUACAGAUACCUGGACUCCGAAUCGCAAACAUGCUCUUCAUGAGCCAACUGAAAAGCAGCUCAGGAAUUCUCAGGAAUCUAGAAUACGUCAACUACAAGCCAAGUUAUCUCAAUAUUCAGCUGCAUUAGAAGAACUUCAGGCAAAGUGUUUGUCAAAUAAUGCUCAGUCUCAAGAAUUAGGAUCAACUUGUAAAGUGCAGAAGAAGCCACUUUUAAAAAUUCCUGUAAAUCAUUCAAAAUCAGUAAUAUCAUCUAUUAUUCGCCCAAAAUCAUCAGCUACACGUUCCCACUUGGUUUGUAGACCGAAUACACAACAUUCUAGUAAAAUAAUAAAAUCAAAUUCAUUUAAUGGUGUCGACUUAACUCAUGACAAUUGUCCAAUAUCUACGACUUCUAUUUCAACCAAUGCUAGAGAUCACUAUGAUUCAAAAGUAUCUUCACUUUGGGAGCAAGCUAUUAAUUCACUGAACUUAGAUGGGUCUAGUGCUGUUACUUGUCAACCUGGAGAAUAUUUAAAGAAUCAGAGUCCAGUGAAAUCAUUGUGUGGAAUUACUGGUGACCAAAACAUUUGGAACUCAUCUAACCAGCUUACCAUCAACACGAUAAAAUCAAAUCUUGAUGAUUGUCGCGUACUUUGCUCUGCUGCUAAAGAGCUUUUAAAACAAAUUGAUGAAGCUGAAUUAGAAGAAAAUGCUAUUCGUCAACGAUGGGCUAAUAAAUUAACUUAUAUUCAUGAUGACAGAAAAUUGUUGAAUAAUUUCUCUCUUACCAAGAAAGAUGAUUCAAUAUGUAAACAUUAUAAAUCAGAUGUGCUUUCAUUACCAAGUGAUAAAUCUCUAUUGCAACCAAAUGACAAGUCACUUAUCCGUUCUGAUACUUCUACGUUUCAAUUUCCAAAAGUAAUUGUUCGUUUAUUUUAAAUUGAAAUUCAGUUUUAUUAUAUAUCUGAUCCAGAAUGUAAUUAUUUACACUGAUUGAUCACUGAAUAUUAAUCAAUGAUAUGCAUUUAUUACUUGAUACUAAUUGUAUUCUAUCUAUUAAGUUUGAAUAUGGCCACAAGUCCAAGUGAUUUGUUACUUUGUGUUCUAUGCUUAAAAACAAUCAGUAGGAAACUCUAAGGUGUAGAUUCCGGGCUAGUUGGUACUUAUCAGUGAGGCGUACCUGUAACAUUGAUGGGACUAAUGCUGCCUGCGGAGUCCAAAACCAUGGCAUUCAAUGUUACAGUCAGUCAGCAACUGUUCUCCAAAAUCAGCACAAAGAAUUGGAGAUCUAUGAAAUUUGAUACUACUCAGUUAUCGAUCAGUUUAAAAAUCUCAAUUCUGCUGGAGAUUAGCCGUAACCUGAAUAGCUCAACGGCAUCAUCUUUAGGAUGUGAUAUGAGAUAAAAAUUUCAUGAGAAGCAUCAUUUCUGCGAAGAUUGUAUACACAAUCUGUUGAUUAGUACCAACUAGCAUGAAACCUAAAUCUACCAGGGCUUCCCUCCUAUUCCCUUCAACUACCUAACACCUAAAUGGAGAUGUUAAAAUUAAAGUUUAAUGUUUUAGUUGAUUUCAAUUCGAAAUCAAACCAACCCAUCAAAAGAUAGAUCACUGCAUAAAUUACGCAGGUUGUGUAUCACGAAGAUAACACAUCAAGUAGUACAUGUAUUGUACUUAUAAAUUAUUCACUUUGAAAUGCUUAAAUUAACAAACUUUCUAUUUUUAUUUACCCCUAAAAAAUGAAUAUUUAUACUUAUUUAAUUCAUGCAUGCUGAGGGUCUAUGGUCAAACUGACAUCCACUCCAACGUCAAUUCUUACAACUCAUUAGUAGAUAGUAAACUCAAUUUCAUAUCCACAGUCUAUCAAUUCAAAUCCAAUCAUAGUUAAGAUUUCUUUUCACUUUCAACAAACUUAAGCAAACAUAAUACAAACUAAUAAAUAAUAGCUUUUAAAUAUUUCUUCAAAAUGUUGUAUUAACAGAAUAUACAAUUAUUUAUUUCAUAUCUAUACACGUUAAGUAAUUUCGUACUCACUCUUGACUCUUAGUCUUCCGUGUCACAAUUGUGUUGACUUACAAAUUACGUUGUGUGGUCAACUCUUAAUAUUAUUGAAAUAUCAUUUACUUAGUAUAUUUUUAAUGUUAAUACAUCUUUGGAUAGUACUGUACCUCCAUACUAGGUGUAAUAUUAUGUUUCGCCAACAAGACAGAUACUAAAUUUUCUCAUGCUUUCUACUAAUAAAAAUACUAAAUCUCCACAAAAC